UUCCAUUUUGCCAUUUGGUAUAAAGUUGAACACUGUCCUACAGAUGCAAAUGUACAAAAAAGGUGGUUUAUGCUUUAGCUAGGCCCACCUCUAGCCAUGCCAUUGAAAAAUAUGCCCCUCCCCAUCUUAGCCUCUUUCCUACACAGACAUAAAAAUUAAUUGAUCCAGAUGAAGUGAAAUAUCUCUAUCAUUCCACACUAGCACUAGCCAUUCCUGCCCCAGGCUAGUAGUGGCAGAAUAGCCAUAGUAUUGUUUCUACAAGCACACACUCUCUAAGGCUCAGUAACUGACACUCACGCUUCCUACCAAACUCUGCUUGGUCAUCCUCCAUCUGCAAUUCAUUUUUUCGUUAUCAGUCAUAGGUCAACCUUAUCAAUUUACGAGUCCCUGUAAACAGCACUGUUAGUACCUACACAUGCACCUUGCUGACCUCCUUGAUUAAUCUGCUUGCCCUGUGCUUGUACAACCAGCCCCAGGAUGAACAUUUCCAUGAAGUGUGUUGGCAAUGUCCCAGUCAGGAGGACCUCCAUGGCUCAGCUAGAUAGAGAAGAGAACAUCCUUAAAGAAGACCUGAAGUUUUAUUUUAUGAAUCCAUGUGACAAAUACAGAGCGAGGCACCAAAUACCAUGGAAACUGCUUCUUCAAGUGCUGAAGAUAGUCAUGGUGACUACACAGCUUGUCCUGUUUGGGCUAAGCAACCAACUUGUUGUUUCUUACAAAGAAGAAAGUACAAUGGCUUUCAAACAUCUGUUUCUUAAAGGAUAUACUGGCAGGGAUGAGGAUGACUGUAGCCGCACUGUAUAUACACAGAAAGAUGUCUAUGACAGCAUAUUUUUUGCUAUUGAACAGUACCGCCGUCUAAAGGAGAUAUCACUGGGCACAGUUGCCUAUGAGAGGGGUGAGAAAAGAGGCCUAAAAGUUUGCAAGCAACAUUACCAUCAAGACUCAAUUCAUCCUUCCAAUGACACUUUUUACAUAGAUCCUAAUGUUGAAACAGAAUGCUUACAUUUACAACAUGAGGUACUGGCUUCUAAGCAACCACCUAACAUGUCAGCUAUAAACUCUACUUUCUUUUAUCUGGAGUUGUACAGGCUCAUUAAAGUGGAAAUCUCCUUUAAAUUGAAAGGAAUUGAUUUGCAAACUAUGAGAGUACGUGAGUUACCAGACUGCUAUGUAUUUCACAAUAGGAUUAUCUUUAAUAACCAGGCACACAGUGGCAAAAUCAAAUUAUUUUUUGAAAGUGAGGCUUCUGUUCAAGACUGCAAAGACUGGCAUAUCUCUGGAUGCACUCAGAAGAACACCCAUUAUAUAUUACUAUUUGAUGGAUUUGUUAUUUUGACAUGCCUGGCUUCUCUUAUCCUUUGUACAAGGUCAAUUGUUCUUGCUAUCAAACUACAAAAAAGAUUUGUGAAUUUCUUCUUUGAAAGAUACAAACGUCACAUUUGUUCUUCUGACAAGUUAGAGUUCAUAAAUGGUUGGUAUGUCCUAGUGAUCAUAAGUGACUUGAUGACAAUUGUUGGCUCAAUAAUGAAAAUGGAAAUUAAAGCCAAGAAUAUGACUAGCUAUGAUGUUUGCAGCCUUUUACUUGGAACAUCUACCUUACUAGUUUGGGUCGGUGUCAUUCGAUACUUGGGAUACUUUCAAAAAUAUAAUGUUUUAAUAUUAACAAUGCAAGCUUCAUUACCAAAAGUUUUAAGGUUUUGCUGCUGUGCAGGAAUGAUUUACUUUGGGUACAUUUUCUGCGGCUGGAUUGUUUUAGGACCUUACCAUGAGAAGUUCGAAGACCUUAAUACAGUUGCUGAAUGUCUAUUUUCAUUAGUCAAUGGUGAUGACAUGUUUGCAACAUUUGCAGAGAUUCGGCGAAAAAGUACCCUUGUGUGGCUAUUCAGCAGAGUGUACUUAUAUUCCUUUAUUAGCCUUUUUAUCUACAUGGUCCUAAGUCUAUUCAUUGUACUUAUAACAGACUCCUAUGAAACAAUUAAGAAAUACCAGCAAAAUGGUUUCCCAUCAACAGACCUUCAUGAAUUUCUGCGGGGAAAUGAUGCAGUAGCACAGCACAGUGGGAAGAAGCCAGACAAUGCAGUGACCCUUAUCUGCUGCUGUAGAAGACCAGCUGCAGAAGAUGACUUCAUACUUAUUAACUGAGAUGUGGCAGACCCUGGGACAUACAUUAUGCACUAUAUGCUUUAACUAGGUCACAGUUGGCAAACUACAUAUUUAUUGAAUUGUAUAAAAUAUUUUGUCACAGGGUGGGGCUUUAUACCAAGUGCUUAAGCAAAUUCCUUACAUUAUAAAGACCCUUUUAACUGGUGUUGAAGAUAUGGCACCUUGGGGACAUUCUUUCAUUGAUUCCUCCUUCCUGUUCUAACCACAAAACCUCUUUCUUGGAUGAUAUUACCUAUAGCACAAAAUAAAAUAUAUAUUUUUAAUAUCCUUAAGCAUAGGUUUAAAAAUAGGACCAAAUCAUGCAUAAUAUUUUCCCCUAUAAAAAGUCUCUAAAGAUUCAGUUUAUAAUGCAGAACAUUAGUUGUCCCAAAAGGACAAGUAGAAAGAGUGAUGCACAUAGCUUCAGCAUAUUCCAUAUAUAAACUCUAUGCUCAUUGCUAUUACAAGCUAGGCUGAGCAAUGUGCUAAUAAUGUCUUUUAUGCGUCUCCUAAGAAAAGUCAAUCUUUUGUAAAAAGGUCUUUGCAACUGUAUUUCACAAAUAAUAUUAAAGGCACUUUAUUAUAAAGUC